GUCGCUGGAUUAUCGCAUGGUGUCUGGUACUGAACUCCGGGUCUUUGAGACCAUGCAGGGGCGCGGCGGUCCUCCAGGUGGGCUGCCUCCCUCCACACACACACACACACACACACACACACACACAAACACAACACGCAGUUAGAAAAUGCUCCCAGAGAGCAGCGGCAGCGCAGAGAGCACUGCUCCAGCCCCCGGAGGAACUCCCGAUCCCGGUCUCACUCUGGAGGAGGAUGAGGCGGAGACAAUAGAGACAUGAUGGGACCGCACACCAGAAUCUGAACACCCCACCACCACCAUCACCACCACCACCCCUCAAUGCUGCUGCUGCUGCUGCUGGACUUUCUAAUGCUACGGAGGAAGUCCAAAACUUUUCCGCUUCAAGGAUGUUCUGCUCGGAUGGGACUCUCUCAGCCGUCACUUAUGCGCUCCUGUUGGGAAUAACGUGUCUGACCGUCCUCUGCGACCUCACCAAGGGAUCCUCGGACUUUUCAGGUUACUUAUCCAAAGUGUUGAGGAACUACACCGAGCAGGCCUGUGACGGAGACUUCUUGUCUGUUCGCUGCCCACCCCGCACCACCAUCACCGUCCAGUCGGCUUUCUACGGAAGGAAAGGCGCCUCGGACCCCCAGCAGUGCCCUCAGACCUACCAAGCCCUCCUGAGUUCUUAUAACCCUCGGGAGGAUGAUCGAUAUUGUUCCGUGUCCACUGCACUACAGAAAAUGCUGGACGAGUGCCAAGACAGAAGGAGCUGUCAAGUCCUUGUCAACAGCCGUGUGUUUGGGACAGACCAGUGUCCUGGCAGCAGUAAAUACCUCAUUGUCUGGUACAAAUGCAGACCUAACGAAUACAAGAGUAAGGUGGUCUGCGAGGAGGAGAGGAUGAGGCUGAGCUGCAAAAGGGGUAUGCAGAUCGCUGUUUACUCCGCCAUGUUUGGCCGAACUCAACAGGGCACCCUGGAGUGUCCCCUGCACCACAGGAGGGCCCCGUCAGUAGACUGCCAGUCGUCUGUGGCUCUGCAGGUUCUGACCGCCCGCUGUCAGGGAAAGAAGAGCUGUCUGGUUCGAGCCUCCACCAGAGACUUUGGAGAUCCGUGUUACUCCGGCACCAGGAAGUAUCUCAGUGUCAUCUACACCUGUGUCCCAAAGAAGUUGCUCCAGGAGCAGGGACCCAGACCGCCGGUGUACUCCCCUCCACCCAGCGCCCAUGACCCCAACAUAGUGGGAGACAGCCCUCCAGAGGGGAGCUCAGUCAAAAGGCCCGACACUGUUCCAGAUAGGAAGAAGAUCAGGGAGACGAACCCCAACGAGGAGAAGUUUUCCGAACCCGGAGGAGGAGAAAGUCCGCUUCAGCCUCCAGACAUGAAUCCCAUCAUCAACUCCACCUCUAGCCCCAACAUGGCCCUCAUCAGCAACGCGCUGGCGGCCUACACUUAUAUAUCAGACCACCCGGAGAGGGCAGCGCUCUUCUUCGUCUGCGGCGUGUGUUUGGGCCUCUUCCUCACGCUCUUCGCCCUGGUGAUCCAGAUCUCCUGUCGCACCGACUGCCAGCCCCGUCAGCGACCUCCCGCCAAGAAACGCGCGCGCCCCGCCGACUCGUCCUCCGACUCCAGCGACUCGGACUCGGACUGGGACACCACCUCGGACCUGUCGGCUCGGCGGCACCGGCGAUUCGAGCGCACGCUCAACAUGAACGUGUUCACGUCGGCGGAGGAGCUGGAGAGAGCGCAGAGGCUCGAGGAGAGGGAGCGGAUCAUCCGAGAGAUAUGGAUGAACGGGCAGCCUGACAUCCCUGGGACGCGGAGCCUCAACCGGUAUUACUGAGAGGCUUCUUCUCUCGAAACAGCUUACUUGACUUGAACGAAAAUUAGGACACACUUGGGUUGUAAAAGGGCAAGAGACGUGACCCUUACGAAGCUUUAUAAGCAAGCAUGCAAAAGUGACUCGCUCACACUGAUGAGGACAGUGGAAGGUAUUGCAGACUUUAUUGCAGACUUGGGAAGAAAGUCCUCCCUCUCUGUUGGUUUGUAUGUUCCUCUGGGUAUCAUAAGCUGCACCCCCUUCAGUAAGAGAAUAAGCUCCCCACUCUGCGUGGUAAGCUCACCUCUUUCUGCCGGAAACGAGGGGUGAAAGGCUACACUGCCUUGCCCGUGACCUCAGCAGGCCUGUUUUGAAGUGGGGAUUUAUGGGUUUGCUGCCUUAGACACACGCAGGCCUGUCGAGAGUACAUGGUGACUGAAGGGCCGAGGCCUCAGAACGUGAGGCAGCUGCGAAAAAAGACUGCGACGCUUGGGGCUUUACGCUCGGCACCCUCCAGUAUUCAAGUGUGGACUUCACAGAGGGGCAGCGUAAGGCAGAACGAAGUGUACUCUGGACAAUGUAAGACAAUCUUUCCACAAUCUAACCACGCUGCCUUUUGAACUUCAUCCAGAACCAAAAGAUUUUUUUUUUUUUGUGGGAAUUCAUCUCAGCCCUUUAUGAAAUCUAUUUUAUAAUAUUUAAUAGUUUAUUGAUGUUGUGUAUUUUUGUUCUCAAGUAUGGUUUAUUAUGAGAUAUUUUUAUACUUGGCGAAGGUUGUCUGGCACCUCAGGGAUGCAAUCCUAUUGUUUCUGUGUUUGGUUGAUGUGUUUGCUUCCUAAGAAGGGGAUCGGCCCAUUUUUAAACAGCUUAUGUCAGCAUUUAAAGAAAAGAAUUAGAAAAAAUAUUGUAUAAAUAAAGAGCCUCAAAGAGGUUUUUAGUGAUUUAAUCUUAUUUUUGAUACAGUAUGUUUAAUUCACAGUGCAGUGCCUUUUCUAGCUAUUAAGUCACUGUUGUCAAGAGUGCAGCUAGUGUUUAAUUUCAAUAACUGGUCAGAGGAUUUAUGAAUCGGAUAGCCCAAAUUUAUCUCAUCAUGUGUGUAUUCCCUUUUAUCAUUACUGUAGCUUUGCUGAGGUGGAGCUUGUGUCACAUUUGAAUGUCUCUGUCACACGUUGCACUUGCACGGAACCAGAAUAUGCCAAUUUUGUACAAGUGAAUUUGCCUUCGAAAUGAUCUGUCUCUGAAAGAAACCUGCAAAAUUCCAGGUCUCAUGUUAGCUGUCGCCCCUUUGUCAAAGAUACCAGUGCUAAACCAGAUGCUUGUGCUCAUCGCUGCUCAUCUGGAGAAGGAACCAGCACUGAUAAGAGGUUCACAGUGGACGUGCAAACUGCCAGUUUAAUAAAAUAAGCUAUUGUCAAUCCAGUUCUGUUUGCGCUGCCCUGGAUUCAACCAUAGAAUUUAUAACAGUUCUGAGGAACAGCUUGGUAUUUUUUUUUUUUUUCCUGACUGAGAGUUUAAUUGAGAGUACACAGGACAUAUUAGGGUCAUCCACAUAAAGACUGCCACACUAUAUAGUUUUUAUAAAGACAGUUUUUAAAUGUGUUUCAAUUUGAAUGGGAUUCAAAUGUGCCAAUAGCUGGUAAAGUGAGACCAAAAUAUGACUCCUGUGCUUGGAAUAAACUGUGUUUAAAAAAAAAAAAAAAAAGAAAUCC